AAAUAACGGUUAAAUAAAUAUCUCAAAAAAGGAACCCUAGCCGGGAAAGCUCCCAAAUUCCCAACCAGAUCUGAGUUUCGGAGUGCCCCGUCGGUGGAAUGUGAAGCUUUCCUCCUCUCGCAUCGUCCGCCGCGUCUUCAACCGGCGCCGGAUUCACCUCUUCCGGAUUCUUCCAAACUGAGCGGCGCCCUUACGACGUCCGCCGCUCAUUUCGCCGUUGCCUGGAAAAAACUCCAGUCAGAACGUUGCUCCUUGCUCCGUCGUGUCCCGGCCGUGUCCCGGGCCUUUGUCCUUGUACCCGGUCAGCCAGACUCCACAGUGGCCACCGCGUGAAUUUUCCGCAGGCCUCUUUCAUCACCACAAAUUCAAAUGUAUAUUGUGAAGAGAUUUGAUCAUACAUGUGAAACACAGGGAGCAGCCCUCUCCGACAAAGCAUCAAUUUGCAUAUUUUGAAUAUUAUUCUGCAAAUAUGGUGCUCAGCGGAAUUUCAAAAUCUUUUACUGCAUUAGUGGCUAGUUUCUCGACCCAAAAGACCCCUACUUCCCCCUAUGUAUCACCUGGUAUUCCACCAUUGUCGGGAUCAGUUCCCAGUGCAGGGCGGAAGAACAAGUUGCGACCCACCUCCUCCCUUCAAGAUUUUUCUGCAUAUCAGCAGAACAAUGCAGAAUAUGACCAUCUGAAUCCCGAAACGGAAAGACUAUCAAAUAAAUCAAAGCAAGCAACCUUCUUUGUCAGAGAAAAUGCCGGAUCAAGUUUUUCAAAGGAGAAGGGAUCUCCAAGAAACCAUUCUAAACGGAAGAAGUUGCUGAUAUCUUGUAUGAUUUUCUGUUUUCUGGUGGUUGCUUCUGUUUUGUGUGUUUCAAUAUCUUAUUACUUCAAGUUGUCAGAAGGUGGAUCGAGGUUCUAUGUUGUUCUUGAUUGCGGCAGCACUGGGACCCGUAUUUAUGUAUACCAAGCGUCCUUUGACCACAAUAACGAUAAAGGUCUACCUAUUUUAUUGAAAUCAAUGCCGGAAGGUUUCCAGAUAAAGUCAAAAUCCCUCAGUGGAAGGGCUUAUAACCGAAUGGAAACGGAACCGGGCCUUGACAAGUUGGUCCACAACAUAUCUGGCUUGAAUAGGGCAAUUAAGCCACUAAUUCAGUGGGCAGAGAAUCAAAUCCCUAAGAAUGCUCAUAAAACUACUUCCUUAUUUCUUUAUGCCACGGCUGGGGUCCGUAGGCUACCUGAUUCAGAUUCUAAAUGGAUUCUUGACAACUCUUGGUCCCUUUUAAGAAGCUCACCAUUCUUGUGCAAGAGAGAGUGGGUGAAAAUCAUCAGCGGGGAAGAUGAAGCUUAUUUUGGAUGGAUAGCUUUGAAUUAUAAUGCCGGUGUAUUAGGGACAACUAAACCCAAAAAGGAAACAUUUGGUGCACUUGACCUGGGGGGCUCAUCACUUCAGGUUACUUUUGAGAGUAAUGAGGAGAGUUCCAACAAUUAUGCAUCAACUAGGUUAAAUCUGAGAAUUGGCCAUCUCAACUAUCAACUCACUGCAUAUUCCUUGCCGGGAUAUGGCCUUAAUGAUGCUUUUGACAAGUCUGUGGCUUAUCUUCUCAGGAAGAAGUAUCCUAAGGUUAACAAUGCAGAUUUGGUUAGUGGAAAUGUUGAGGUCAAACAUCCUUGUUUGCAGUCUGGUUACAAGGAGAAAUAUGUUUGUUACAGCUGUGUUUCUACAUCUCCCGAAAGUGAGAAUUCUCCUAGUGGUGCAAGAAAAGAGUUUACUAAAGGAGGAAAGCACGGAGUCUCCAUUCAGCUCAUUGGAGCUCCAAAAUGGGAUGAGUGCAGCUCGAUUGCAAAUAUUGUUGUCAAUUCAUCUGAGGGGUCUUUUGAAGGGAGGCGUCCACAUCCAAGUGGACAGUUUUAUGCGAUGUCUGGUUUUUUUGUGGUGUACCGUUUUUUCAAUUUGACUUCGGAUGCAACCUUAGAUGUUGUUUUACAGAAGGGGAAAAAAUUUUGCAAGAAAAAUUGGGCUAGCGCAAAGAAAAGUGUUGCACCCCAACCUUUUAUAGAACAGUAUUGUUUCAGGGCACCGUAUAUUGCAUUUCUAUUGCGAGAAGGGUUGAAUGUUAGAGAUGGUAAUAUAAUUAUCGAUUCUGGAAGAACCACAUGGGCACUUGGAGUUGCAUUAUUUGAAGCUGGAAAGGAAGUCUCGAAUAAGAUCGAUUCUCAGAGAUAUGAGUUAUUCCGGGCAAAGAUUAAAACGAUUCUUCCAUUGGUUGGUUUGGUUGCUUCUUUGUUUGUUAUUUUUUGUGCGUUGUUAUGUAUUGGAAACUUGAUUCCCAAGUUCUUCGGGAAGCCCUAUCUUCCCCUUUUCAGGCAUAAUAAUGCCUCAACUGCAUCUAUUAUGCCUAAUCCCUUCAGGUUCCAGCGUUGGAGUCCUAUCAAUACAGGGGAUGAGAGAGAGAAAUUACCACUGAGUCCAACAAUAGCGUCUACUCAGCGAAGUGGAUAUGGUUUUGGGGGCAAAGGGGUGCAGCUGGGCGAAGGCCUUUCUUCAGUGUACCCAUCAUCUAGCGGCGUAUCACAUAGUAUUUCAUCUGGUUGUUUGGUUGGACAAAUGCAGUUUGGUAGUAGUGACACUAUGGGUUCUUUCCGGCCCCCACACAGAAGCCAACAACGACUUCAAAGCAGGAGAUCCCAAUCCCGAGAAGACCUCCACUCUUCACUGGCUGAUUCUAACUUGGCAAAGGUUUAAAUCCUCGGCACUCUCUUUCUCUCUCUCUCUCUCUAACAGUCAUCCCAACGAUAACCUCGUUGUGAAAAUGCCACGUGGCAGUAGACGCUGAUUCCACCUGGGCCUACAAAAUUGAAGACUCUUCCCCUCUUUGCUCUCUAAAGUUCAUAAAGCACCAACCGGAGGAAAAGAAUGGUAAUGUGAAGGAUUUGGAGUUUGUGAAUAGUCUUCUGAAUUUACUUUGAUUUUUGAUACUUAGGUUAGUCCUUUCACAAAAUUUGGGUCAAGAACACUUGCGAUCGGCUCGGAUAUCCCUAAUGUUAAGGGUAGCCAACAUCAAAUCUUGAGUUAUAAUAAGAGUAUGGAGAUUGUUGUAGUGCUCCCCGAAAAGUUUGAGAUCGAUGAAGUUGGCUGUAGUCUUUGCCGGAAGUUUCACCGGGAAAUUUCAAAAUUCUUCAUUUAAUCUCAAGAAACGAUACUUUGAUACCACCUAGAAAGUACAGAGUUACCACCUGUAUGGUAGGCCCU